GCAGAGCAGUGCAAGAGAUGAAUCAUCAAGAACAGGUGAACCAUCAAGAACAAGGCCUAGGGUUUACAACAGCGUCGAGUGUUUCUCAAAAUCUUCAACAGAACCUUUUUCGCAAUCCUAGUGCACGAACAUUUUCUCGCGGCACAACGCCCACAACUCCAGCACAUCAAGAGGGAGGCUCCGUUCCCCUGCCACAUCAAGAAGAUGAUGAAACAGAUCCUCUUAUAGUAGGAGACGACGGGCAGGAGACUCCUUUGCUUCUAC